AUGCCUAUGUUCCCGAAACUUGAGAUCGACGACAACCGCUUGGUCAUACUGUUAUCUGUCGCGAAUGAGGUCAACAGGGGUGAUCCCUUUUGUUGCAAUAUUGAACUAGGUACUAUUAAGCAGGAAGUACUAAGCAGCGUCCAGCGUUGUACUAGCCGGGCUUUGAGAUUUACCGGCACACAGCAGUCUUUGGAACCAAAAGCCUCGAGUCAUGACUGUGGCGAACAGCCUGAGCCAGAUCUAAAUUUGUACGAAGUUACCACUUCCUUUGAAGUCAAUUUGAACUUAUUAACAGCAUCCAGGUACACGGAAAGAUACUCAUAUACUCCCCUCUCGGCCAGACAAAUCAGGUUACUCCACCUUGCCCCUGGAAAGAAUCCGGAUCCCCUGAAGAUUUCGUUCACAGCGUCGUCAAUUGACAACCUCCCGGACUACCAGGCUCUGUCAUACACCUGGGAUAGUCCGGCUGUGAAACACUAUGUAUUGUGUGACGCAAAAAUUAUUAGUGUUACCUGUAAUUUAAUGUCCGCGUUGUGUCAGCUACGACACGAGAGCAAAGAGCAAGUUCUCUGGACCGAUGCGCUUUGCAUAGACCAGAAUGACGCUGCUGAGCGAGGCUCACAGGUAGCACUGAUGAGACAGAUCUAUAAGGAUGCUCGAGUAGUCAUUUGGCUUGGAGAGGACGAUUCACAUACAUGGGAGGCCCUUGAAUUGCUCCAGCAACUUGCGGGGCUCGAAGUAUAUUCUCAGCGACCAGCACCGAACGAGCAGGCAUCGUCAAAUCCUGACACGUUCACGAUGAACAGUAUAUUACCAUUCGCGAAACAUCCCUCCUGGAAAUAUUUGGAAGAGAUCUUUUGGAAGCCAUGGUUCUUUCGGGCUUGGAUCAUCCAAGAGACCGUCCUUGCAAAGACACUUACGAUCAGAAUCGGAAAGUUCACUGUUCCCUGGAAGCACUUUGAGCUUGCUACUAAGUUGCUUGGAAAGUCUGUUGCGCGACAAAGUCAUAAAAUAUAUAUUGGGGAUGAGUGGAGUAUUGUCACUUCACCUUUCACGAAUCUGAACGACCUUCGAGUAAGCCUUCUACAAAGUCAAGGAGGCUCUCUGGAGAAACUACUUGUUUUGACGAAUGCCAGUUGUGCGACAUUGCCAGUUGACAAAGUGUACGCUAUACAAGGCCUUGUCUCAGAACGGGAUGCGCCCAUUCUCAUGCCAGACUACUCCGCGACAGUUGAGCAAGUCUUUACGACCGUCGCACAGUCUUUACUACACAGCUCACUAGAUGUAUUAAGCCAGGUAGUGGGACCUUAUUUGAGACGACAAACGAGCCUCCCAACCUGGGUGCCCGAUUGGUCGACGUCAUUCCGAGCGAAACCGUUCCUACAUCUUGAGUCUUCAAAAUCUUUGUUCCGAGCUUGUGGGAAUACGACCCACAGAGCAUCGUUUUCCUCAGGAGACAAGCUGGUGGCUAAAGGCAUUUUGAUUGACAAGAUCAAGAUGGUAGGGCUUCCAUUUGUACCCAACAAAAAGGCAACCAGAGUUACGCCUUUGCAACGUGCCUACAGAGCUUUCGAUCGUAUGAGUUCAGGUAUGGAGUUACUUAGGAUCCAGAUGACGUUGUUCCUGUGUCAUCUCCACGGAUGGGAAGAUGUUGUCCAAUCGUUGAGUUCCUAUCCCACAGGAGAGAGUGUUAAUAAUGCCUUUGCACGCACCCUAAUUGCAGGUGCAAGUAUCGUUGCGGAAUUUCGAAACCCGACUGCCAGAGUCGUCGUGGAAGAUGCCUACAAUUACUUCAAAUAUCUGUUAACGCAAUCGAUAUCGAAUAUGCAGCCGGCGAAUAUGGGGGACGUAAAUAUCAAGUGGCAGGAAUGGGACGAUGCAGUUGUAAGCGCCUCGAAACAGUAUAUGAGUUUCUUAGAAGAAGCCGCUUGGGGUAGAGUCUUCUUCAUUACCGAACGUGGGUACAUGGGCCUUGGGCCAAUGUCAGCCUUUGCAGGUGAUGAGGUGGCUGUGCUGUGUGGUGGCAAGACCCCCUAUAUACUCAGUCGGGAUGCCAAUCAGAAGAGCUCCAACUUUCGCCUUAUAGGUGAGGUUUACAUUCAUGGUCUCAUGAAAGGCGAAGCAUUUCAAGAGAACAAGGAAUUAAGGGAAAUUGUGCUUAUAUAGCUUUCCCGAUUUCAAGAAAUCUUUCCGAACCUCUUUGAAAAUAGCGCUUGGAACAAGAUGCAAAGCAGGAAGUGCCUAC